GCCCGAUCGGUACUGCGCAUGUGCGAGAUGAGAUCCGCGGGAAGAUGGCGGAGUGAGAAGUAACAACGUUGCAGGCUCGUAGAAAAAGUUUAGAUUUUAGUCCUUGACUGUAAAACUGACAGGCAAUAGCUUAUUCAUGAUACACUUUAAGUUAUUAUAGAAGCUUAAAUAGUCACAUUUUACUUUAAUUCUCCAGUUACCAACACUUUUGACAUAAAGUGCCUGCUAGCAUGACCGACCACGAUUACAACUUAAAAGUUCUCCGUGAGGCGUGUGACGACUCGGAUAUUGAGGACAUGGAAGCGGACAACUCUAAGGGACACAAAAUAAAUCGGGACCACACACCAACUAAAGGACCGAAUCCAAAGAAAUCGAAGGUUCACGGCGAAACACAAAUGGCAGAGGAUAGCAACAGCACCAUUCUCCAGGCAAUUCAAGUCUUAUCCGGAAAAAUGGAUGAACAGACAGAGCUGUUAAGAAAGUUUGAAAAACGCAUUGAAGCAAACACUGAAGCAGCUAAAGAAAAUAAGAAAGACAUUUCUGCUCUUCAGAAAAAGUUUGAUGAUCUUCUAAAAGAUAACACUUUACUACGUAAGUCUGGCGAGGAGCAAGCCCGCUACAAACGGAGGUGGAAUCUGAGGAUGAAUGGUCUGCCUGAAAAAGAAGGAGAAAACACAAGAGAAGCUGUGAUCGGGAUACUCACAAGAGUUGUUCCGCUGUCUGUGGAGAAGCUGCGUGACUCAGUGGACACUGUCCAUCGGCUGGGUAUGAAGGGUAAUGCAGCUACUUCCAACAACACACCGCGGUCAAUCAUCAUUCAGUUCGGGAUGAGGACUGUUCGUGACGAGAUCUGGAAAAAGUCCAAAGAUGCGAGAGUCUGCAGCGAGAUGCACAUUCGUUUCAAAGAGGAUUUCUCCAAGGAGGACCGGGAGGCUCGCUCCAAGCUGUGGCCACUGGUUCAAGAAGCCAGGAGAAAGGGGAAGAGAGCCUUUUUGAAGGAAGGCUUCGCGCUGAUUGACAACAAAAGAGUGGACCCGGAAUAAAGUGAAAAACACCGCAGUAAUUAACUGGAAGGACAGGGAGCAGGUUUUCUGUCCUCAGUAGGUAUGCUGAAGUUCUCAGUUUGAGUGUUUGAUUGGACUUGUCUCAGGUUAUAUUCAAAAUGUUGUGAGCUAUUGCACUAAAUAUGUUUGUUAAGGGCUACGUUACUCACUCCUGCGCAUCGAUAUAACAUUCCUUUGCGCAUUUUCUUAAAGAUUCUAUCUUUGCUCUUUCAAUGUUAUCUUUCAUAUCCUUAAAUGCUAGGGGGCUAAAAAACAAUGUGAAACGUAAGGCAAUUUUUCUUUUUUGUAAGGAACAAAAAGCAAAUUGUGUUUUUCUGCAAGAAACUCAUUCUGCAGAGGCAGACACUAAGUUCUGGAAAGUACAAUGGGGAGACAACAUUUUUUUCAGCCAUGGAACAACACAUUCGGCUGGAGUGAUGAUUUUAUUUAACAGGUUACCUGGAAAUAUAAUUGACCACAGGAGUGAUACAAACGGUCAUUGGCUAAUGGUUGUGACUGAUGUGAAUGGGUCUAAUUACAUACUGGUGUGUGUUUAUGGGUAUAACAGAAAGAUUCAAAACAAUAAUUUUCUUUCAAUCUUGUGCCAAAAAUUAGAGGAAUGGAAAGCACUUUAUAUGACUGAUAAGAUUAUAAUCGGAGGGGAUUUUAAUGUAGUUCCUGAUGAGUGGUUAGAUCGUCUUCCUUUAAGGGGACAAUGUCAUAAUUUUAAUGAUUCUAUUAUUCACUUGGCCUCUAAACUUAAUUUAACUGAUGUUUGGAGAAUAAAUAAUCCCUCAAAAUCACAAUAUACCUGGUUUAACUCUUCUAACAAUGGUCAGUGCUCUAGGCUCGAUUAUUGGUUAAUCUCUACUAGUUUAACUAAUAAUGUCUCAAAGUGUGACAUUUCAGCAUCACCUCUGACGGAUCACUGUGUCAUCUCUUUGUCCUUUUUACUAUGCAACUUCAGUCCCAAUCUUAACCCUAUAUGGAAAUUCAAUAAUAGUCUUUUGGAGAAUGCAGAUUUUUGUAGAGAGAUCAAACAACUGAUAAAAGAAACUCUGGCUUUGGAUAUGUCAUCUCUCAGUAAAUGGGAAUGGUUUAAAUUUAGUGUGAGACAGAUUGCGAUAAAAUCCUGUAAAUACUCUUCUAGAUUAAAGAAACAAAAACAACAAGAGAUGACAAGUGCAAUUAAUAAUUUAUGCCUUAAAGCUGAGUUAUCAUUGGAUGAGCAAAUUCAACUGAACAAUUUACAAACUCAAUUAGACAACAUGUAUUUGGAAAAAGCAAAGGGAGCUUUUAUUCGUUCGAGAGCCCGAUGGAUUGAGCAAGGAGAGAAAAACACUUCUUAUUUCUUCAAUCUUGAAAAGCAAAGACAAGUGAAAAAGAAAAUCCAAAAACUGAUUAUUAAUGAUGUCACUAUUGAAAAUCAAGACCAGAUAAAUGAAGAAAUUAGACUUUUUUAUAGCAAUUUAUAUAACUCAAAGUUUUCUAAAGAAAAUUGUGAUAACUUUUUUAGUAAAAUUACAGAAUUCAAAAAGACAAUAGAUUAUUCUUUUAAACAGUAUAUGGACGAUGGACUAAAAAUUGAAGAAUUAGAUAGUGCAUUACUGCAAAUGUCUGGUGGCAAAUCACCAGGGCUGGAUGGUUUAACCAUAGAGUUUUAUAAAUGUUUUUGGUCAGAUGUGCGAGAAAUGCUUUAUAAGGCGUUCACAGAUUGCAUUUCAGCAGGAAACCUUUCGCCAACCAUGAAACAUGGCCUUAUUACCUUAAUUCCAAAACCAAAUAAAAAUAAUCUUUUGUUGGAUAAUUGGAGACCUAUUACCCUGUUAUGUAAUGAUUACAAACUUUUAGCACAUGUUUAUGCUAACAGGUUAAACUCGGGUCUGAAUCAACUAAUAGAUGAAUGUCAAUCAGCCUUUAUAAAGGGCAGAAGUAUUCAUAACCAUACCAGACUGAUAUUGGAUAUGCUUGAUUACCAGGAGUUUAUUGAUACUGAAGGUCUCGUACUAUUUCUGGAUUUUUACAAGGCUUUUGAUACUGUUGAACAUUCCUUUUUAAUGGAAACUCUGACAUUUCUGGGUUUUGGUGAACAUUUCUGCAACAUAAUUAGGAUGCUCUACUCGGACAUUUAUAGUUCUGUAUCUUUGAACCCUGGAAUGAGCCCUAGGUUUAAGGUUUUACGUGGUAUUCGACAGGGUUGUCCUAUUUCCCCCAAAUUAUUUAUUCUGACCACCCAAGUAUUAACAACGCUUAUUAUAAAGAAUCACAAAAUAUUAGGCAUUACCCUCUUUGACAAAGAGUUCAAAAUUAGUCAAUUUGCGGAUGACACAUCCAUUUUCCUAAAGAAUAAAUCUAUGGUAAAGGAAACUCUUAACACAAUUUCAAUUUUUUCAAAAGCAUCAGGGUUAUCUCUUAAUCUUUCAAAAUGUGAAUUACUCCCUAUCCAUUCAUGUGAUGAUUCCACUAUUGACUCUAUUAGAGUGGUACCUGAGGUGAAAUAUUUGGGAAUAACAUUAUCUAAAAAUUAUAUCAGGAGAGAAGAUCUUAAUAUUUGUAACCGUAUCACAGAUAUGAAGAAAUCUCUCAGUCGUUGGUUAACUAGAGAUCUUACUAUUUUUGGCAGAGUUCUUCUUACUAAAGCAGAAGGUAUAUCUAAACUUAUUUAUCCAUGCCACUCAUGUUUUGUCUCUUCGGCUAAUAUAAAAAAAGCCAACUCAAUUAUUUUCCAAUUCUUGUGGAGAAAUAAAACUCACUACAUUAAAAAGUCACAGCUUGUUAAAGAAUAUGAUAAAGGCGGAAUUAAAGCUUUAGACUUUGAA